AUGUAGCAAAUCCAGAAAUAAAUUAAAUAUCUAAAAUGCAAAAGUAUCUCCAAAAGGUCCUUACCAAUCAAUUCACAAGAGCUUCAAUUGCCCAAUUUGGUCAAUAAUUAAAGCCACCCGUUAGAGUAGCCAUCACAGGUGCUGCUGGUCAAAUUGGGAUAUUCCCUAAUUUUCAGAGUUGCCAGCGGUGAAAUGCUUGGACCAAAUUAACCAGUCAUCCUUCAUUUGAUUGAUUUACCAUUUGCCAUGGCAGCAUUAAAUGGUGUCGUGAUGGAAAUUUAAGAUUGUGCUUUUCCAUUGGUUUAAGGAAUCGUGGCAACUGACAAUUAAUCCGUAGGAUUCAAGGAUGUCAACUAUGCUCUUAUGGUAGGUGCUAAACCAAGAGGACCAGGAAUGGAAAGAGGAGAUUUGUUGAAAGACAACGGUAAAAUCUUCACAGAAACAGGAAAAUACAUUAAUGACCAUGCAAGCAGAGACAUCAAAGUCGUAGUUGUUGGUAAUCCAUGCAAUACCAAUUGUUUGAUCUUGGCCAAUCAAAUCAAAGAUAUUCCUAAAGAGAAUUUCACUGCAAUGACAAGAUUAGAUCACAAUAGAGCACAACAUCAAUUGGCUGAUAAAUUAGGUGUUCACACAUCUGACAUCAGAAAAAUAGCAAUCUUCGGAAAUCACUCACCAACCAUGGUUCCAUACAUUGAUUAAAUGACUGCAAAAAAUCACAAAGCCACAGUCGAUUAAUAAUGGGUCACCUAAACAUUCAUCCCAACUGUUCAAUAAAGAGGAGCCGAAAUCAUCAAAGCCAGAAAACUCUCAAGUGCUGCUUCAGCUGGUAAUGCUGCCAUGAAUCACAUCACUACUUGGGUCAAUGGAACUGCUGAAGGUGAUUAUACUUCUAUGGCCAUCCCUUCUGAUGGAAGCUAUGGAGUACCAAAGGGAUUGAUCUUCUCCUUCCCAGUUACAGUUAAGAAUGGCAAAUAUUCUAUUGUCCAAGGAUUACCCAUUUCACCAUUCUAUCAAGGCUUAUUGGAUAAGACCAUCAAGGAAUUAGUCGACGAAAGAAAUGCAGUUGACCAUUUGCUUAAAUGAUAUAUUAUUGAAAUUAUUUAGUAAAAUAAAAAAAUAAUUACCUUUUU